UUGUAACAAGCCUGUUUUCGCAGUCAACACGUUUGUGCAGGAGGCAGUCACGAUGUUGCUGGUGGUGGUGUUUCUGUCCGUCGUCCAUGUCAACCUGCUUGAGGGGAGAUGCUGUGCCCCCAGGCAGUGGGAGGGGUGGGGCGUGAGGCUCGGGGGUCAGUUGGCGGGAGCCACCCACAAGAGACCGGAGCUUAUACAGGCCAAGAUCAAUCUGCACUACAAUGCUGACGGGCCGAUGGUGGUGGCUGUGGCCAACACAUCAGUAGGAGCAAGGAAACGCCUCCUGACAGCGAUACAGGACUUCAAACAUAAAACGCUUUACGUCCUUGAAGAUGGAGGCUGCAAGGUCAAGCCCCUCCCAGAACCUUUCACUGAACUGUGUUCACCAAAAGGCCAGGACGGGAAGUUUAUGUGGCUGGGGUUCGGUGAGACCUCCUACCCUGCCCUGGAGUACGUGUACACCUUCAAGCAGCAGACAGCAGACACUCACGGGACCAUGUGCGCCAUCUGGACACAGAAGACCUGCGCUCCUCUGUCAGAGUCCUUCCAUGGAACAUUCGUGGGAAUUCCCCAAGUGUUCACCUUCAGCUACUCCGACAUCCAGAGGGGCAUCAGGGACCCCUCCAUAUUCCACAUCCCCAAGCUGUGCCGGGAAGCGAACAUGACCCUGGUGGACGCCCUGCCCCACGACGACAUCCCCCUCCUGUCCUCACAGUAUUUCAAAGUAUGAAGCACCAUGUUCCUGGGCUUCCGUGGUAGUCGUGAAACAAUUCAUCAUUUGUACAUCUUGCACAAAGGCCAUAUCCAUUCUGUGUAUAUCACUCUUUGUAAAAGAAUGCGAUGUAUAUAUUUGCAAGAAAAAAAAAAAAAAAACUUUAUUGAUAACAAAUUCUUAUUGUAUUGACGAUUCGAUGUGGAUUCUGAGACGUCAUCAAGCUGGAGUGACUACGACCAAGUGAUGAGGAGUAUAUAUGCAUGGCCUGUUGUAACAAGCAGCAGAUUAACAUUACAACCACAGGGAAUAGAUAACAACUUGCACAGAGAUAGUAGCUGAAGCCAGAUGUACAUCAAGAAACAUUUGGAUAUAUUUAUCUAGUAUCAUACAUGUAAACAAGAUAAACAGUACAUAUAUGUUCGUAUUUUGUCAUAUGGUGUGAUAUAU